UUUUAGUAACAUUAGAAAACUAUAUUCUCAAUUAAACCUGAUCUCAGUCAAAUUCAUAUUAGUCGGAGUCUAAUAGACUCUAAAUUAUCAGAAAUGCUUUGCUUAAAAAAGAAACAACAGAUAAAUCCAUUUAACGAGUAGCUACCAUUUCACAAUGAUUGAUCACAAUCGAUUAACUCCAUAUUAAAAAAGAAAAAAAAUCUCCCACCUUCUCUUUCUUUAUCUCUUGAUAAGAUGACAACUCUCGAGAUCAACCAAACAUUUGCCUUAUAAACCCCACACAUUAGCAAAUUAACGAUUCAAAGUAAAAUGACAAUGAUGAUGACUAAGACUGCACAAAUUUGUCCCAUUCACAAUAACUAGGUCCCAAAUAAUUUUUCCUCCAUCAUCUUUCGUGUUCUUUGUGGUUGUGUGAGUUCUUCUCUCUCUUCAACUCUUGGCUCAUUCUCUCUCUGCUAAAUUCAUCUGAAAUCUUCACCUUGUAACUUUAACCCACCAUUUUUUUUUUUCCGAUCUAUUAUUUUGCCUGGGAAGUUCAUACUUUUCUCUGGUUUCCAGGAGAGAUGCUGUAUAGGUACCGAGGUUUUAGGGAAAAUGUUGGGCGUUAGAGUGAGUGAUUUAAGUAGAAGCAGAACAGUAAUCAUACAAUUGCAUUGCGUUUAUUGUUGCUGCUGAUAAACUCGAGUGAGUGGAAUGGAAGAAAGCUUCGAGAACAAUGCUGAUUCAGAAACUAUUUGGAAUAUAUUGCAUAAUGGGAUUUUCUCUUGGUGUUGAUUGCUAAAAACAUGAAUAGAUUCUUCUCUUAGGAAAUCAAAGUGUGCGCUAUUGGUUCAGUUAUCGACGUACUGCUGAUUAAGUUUUCGACUCUUCUACAGACUUUUAUUUUAUAUCUUUGUCUAGUUGACAUUCAUAUGUAGCUAAUAGCGAGCUCCUGAAUACUACACUGCUCACUCUUCCCUUUCUGUCUACCAAGCCCGUAAUUAGGCGCUUGCAAGCUUUUUUUGCACGGCACAAUUACAGCAUAAGAAAUAUUCUGCAGACUUGCAGAGUAAUUAGCAUCUUGCAUUUGUCAAUUCUGGUGAAAUAUAACAGAAUCUGCAUCAUGAAUCAUCCCAGUAGAGCAUGCUUGAUUGCAAGUGAGUCUAGCAAAGGGACUACUGCUUUUUGUCAGGCUCUUCCGUCGCUCGACUUCUCAAGCGUUGAAACCUACCAAGGUUCAGUGUCAAGUGAAUCUUCAUAUCCUUUAUUGAAGCAAUUAGGAAAACUGAGACUCCCAUCUGGACCAAGUGAUAUCUUCUCAUCUAGCUGUGACAGCCAUCUUAAGAGUACACCUUCUCGUUCUUCUAUGUUCUGCACGAACUUGUAUUUAUCAUCUUCAACGAGUUCAGAAGCUCAACGACAGCUUGGGAAUCUUCCAUUUCUUCCAAGCCCCUCUGCACCUCGAUCAACAAAGACCCAGUUGGUUUUGAAUGAAGAUACAGAUAGUCAUUGUGAGCAAAAGCACUCAGAGGAUUCAUAUAGAGAUUUUUUUAAUUAUUCUGGAAGCUUUUCUGAUGGUGACUUUGAUGAUGUUACUUGCGGAAGUGACUCUUUGGCCUUUUCAGAGCGUUUGGAGCUACAGUUAUUGUCUGAUGAACUGCAAUUAGCUAUAACUGAUAACGGAGAAAAUCCUGGAAUUGAUGAAAUAUAUGAAGCAUCUCCAGUGGCGUUGAGGCCAGGCAUUCCAUCAACAGUACAGAACAAUGCUCAGCCUGUUUCACCAUCCUUAUGUGUUAUUUCUUGUAACAAGACACCUGAGGCUGGUGCUUCUCAUAAGCCAAGGAUGAGAUGGACACCUGAGCUCCAUGAACGUUUUGUCGAAGCUGUCAAAAAACUUGAUGGUCCUGAAAAGGCAACUCCUAAAGGUGUAUUAAAGCUUAUGAAUGUUGAAGGGAUCACCAUCUAUCAUGUUAAAAGCCACCUGCAGAAAUACCGACUUGCGAAGUAUGUACCAGAAAGAAAGGAAGUAGAGAAGAAGACUUCUAGUUCAGAAGAGGAAAAAUCAGAUUCAAGUACCAAAGAAUCUGAUGCAUCAAAGAAAGGGAGUAUAAACGAGGCUCUCCGAAUGCAAAUUGAAGUGCAGAAACAGCUGCAUGAACAACUUGAGGUGCAAAGAGCACUACAAGUACGCAUAGAGGAACACGCACGCUACUUGCAGAAAAUCUUAGAAGAACAGCAAAAGGCUCAAACUGCCUUGGUCUCAUCACAGUCCUUGUCAUCAGUUACUAGUGAAGAGCCAGAGAUGGAACUGUGUCCUAGAUCACCCUUUAUCAGCCCUGAAUCACCACCUAAGCCUGCUGAAUCCAAAACUGAUGUAUCCAUUACAUUGCCAUCAAAGCACACAAACGAGGACUCUGAGCAUCAACCAUGCCAGAAAAAACCUCGACUGGAAGAUGAAUCUAAACCUGAGCCUAUUUCGGACGUGCCACCAGUUGUCGACAUUUCUCUAUGAUUGUGUGGUAUCUAAGACUUCUACCCGUCAGUCUUUUUCUCUACCUUGUAAAUAUAGUCUCUACGAGCCAUAGCUAGUAUCAAUAUAGUCUCUAUGAUUGUGUGAUUUAUUUUUUCUUUCAACUUCCUUAAGUACUCUAGGUCAUAUUUUCGCGCUUAAUCAGUGAUUCCUUUUCUUUUUUGGCACUCCCCUUUCCUCCAACUCCAAAAGAUUCUUACCAAAGAGAGGGAAAAAACAAGUUAUUCUUUCACAUUAUUGUGCUUGAAUUUUAAUAUCUGAAGACUGAAGCUCUUGUCAAUCUUUAAAGCAGGAACAGUUGGUGUCAUUAGUCAAUGCAAUAACAUAAGCAAAUUUAAAGCUCUUGUUAAA